AUGGUGGGGGCCGCUCUGAAGCGAUUUUGGUCCCGAGGUCGCGGACGAUCGGGGGAGAUGGCGGUCGCGAAGCCGAGCGUGUGGACACGCUUGGGCACCUGGUCCCGCGCGCUUCUCCGGGACUACGCGGAGGCCUGCGGGGACGCGGCGGCGGCAGCCCGGGCCCGGCCGGUCCGCGCGGCGGUGUACGCGGGGCUGCUGGGCGGGGCGGCGGCCUGCUGCGCGCUGGCUCCGAGCGAGGCGGCCUUCGAGGAGGCGCUGCUCGACGCCUCGGGCACCCUCCUGCUGCUGGCCCCGGCCACGCGCAACCCCCGCUCGGAAGAGCACGUGCAGCGGCUGCUCUGGCUGCGGGGCCGCGGCCGCCUGCGCCACCAGAACCUGGGACUCUGCACGCUGGUCUAUGAGGCGCCUUACGACGCCCAGACGAGCCUCUACCAGGCCCGCUGCCGCUACCUGCAGCCCCGCUGGACCGACUUCCCGGGCCGGCUGCUGGACGUGGGCUUCGCGGGCCGCUGGUGGGUGCUGGGGGCGCGGAUGCGCGACUUCGACAUCAACGACGGCGAGUUCCUCCACCUGCCCGCGCACUUGCGCGUCGUCGGGUCCCACCAGCUGCGCUCCGAGGCCAACGAGCGGCUCUUCGACGAGAAGUACAAGGCGGUGGUGCUGAGCGACGACCAGGUGGACCAGGCGCUGUGGGAGGAGCAGGUCCUGCAGAAGGAGAAGAAGGACAGGCGGGCCCUGAGCGAGGCCGACUCGCUGGUGCAAUCAGAGGGCCCGAGAUGACACCCCG